AUGGUCGAAUCGGAGUGGCUGAGGGAGCUCCAAAAUGAUGAGGAGUACGGCAUAAUCUUGGAAAAUUUGAAGGCAAAUAGACUGGAGGAGGAAGUGAAGUUAGUCGGCAUGGCCAAAAGAUUGGGAGUAGCUGACUUCAUGAUAGAAGAAGGCGCCUUGAAGCUGUUGCGAGAAGAUUGGACAACAGCGGUUGUAGUGCCGAAAUCAAAAAGGAAGGAAGUAUUCACGGUGGAUGUCUCGCAAAACAUUUCUCGACGAGAAAAUGUGUCGAAUACUAGGAAAGAGGGUCUUGGUCUCCCAUGGAAAAGGACAUUGCGAAAGAGUAGAAUUCGGCUGAGUGAGAUCGACCUUGACGAUUACAAGACCAAGCUUGUCCGCGGUAUGCGAGUAAUUCGCGAUGAAGUUGCUCAGCAGGCGGAAAAGUACCGAGAAAGAAUGAAGAAAUACUAUGAUAGCGAGAAAGCAGUGGAUAAGUCAUAUUUUCCUAAAGUAGGCGAAAGAGUGUUUAUGAAGAUGCCGCGAGAGCGGAGCCACGCGAAACAUCCUAAGCUGGUGUUAAAAAGUUGUUGUUCACAUGUUGCGUUAAUGAGUGGUAUGGUCCCUCCAGGACGCUCGAUUCAAUCACACCAUCUUGCCCGGUUGGCCAUGGGAUACGAGCAGGAAUCAUACAUGGAUGGCACAUGGCACGCUCGUUGGAAUGGUCGACGACAUCGUCUGUGGUGUCGAACGCGGAAUGAGCAUGCCAGAACGGUCAUUCUGGUGCCGGAUGUUUUGAGAAGAUUGACCUUUUGCCGGAAAGGGCCAAGGACUACUCUGUUCUACUACAGGUCAUUUCGUGAAGUCCGGCGGAAUAAUAACGUGUUGUUCGCUGAUGAAGUUGGAACCGUUGUGUGGGUGAAUGCCGCCGAGGGAACCUGA